AUGGUGAGGCUAGGAGUGUCUGGGGCCAGCAAGGGUGAAAAGGAUAGUGGAACACUCCAGAAGGAUAGUGGAACACUCCAGAAGGAUGGUGGAACACUCCAGAAGGAUGGUGGAACACUCCAGAAGGAUAGUGGAACACUCCAGAAGGAUGGUGGAACACACCAGAAGGAUGGUGGAACACUCCAGAAAGAUGGUGGAACACUCCAGAAGUAUGGUGGAACACUCCAGAAGGAUGGUGGAACACUCCAGCAGGAUAGUGGAACACUCCAGAAGGAUAGUGGAACACUCCAGAAGGAUGGUGGUACAUUCCAGAAGGAUGGUGGAACACUCCAGAAGGAUGGUGGAACACUCCAGAAGGAUAGUGGAACACUCCAGAAGGAGAGUGGAACACUCCAGAAGGAUAAUGGAACACUCCAGAAGGAUAUUGGAACACUCCAGAAGGAUGGUGGAACACACCAGAAGGAUGGUGGAACACUCCAGAAGGAUGGUGGAACACUCCAGAAGGAUGGUGGAACACUCAAGAUGGAUGGUGGAACACUCCAGAAGGAUGGUGGAACACUCCAGAAGGAUGGUGGAACACUCCAGAAGGAUAAUGGAACACUCCAUAAAGAUGGUGGAACACUCCAGAAGGAUGGUGGAACACUCCAGAAGGAUGGUGGAACACUCCAUAAGGAUGGUGGAACACUCCAGAAGGAUGGUGGAACACACCAGAAGGAUGGUGGAACACUCCAGAUGGAUGGUGGAACACACCAGAAGGAUGGUGGAACACUCCAGAUGGAUGGUGGAACACUCCAGAAGGAUAGUGGAACAAUCCAGAAGGAUGGUGGAACACUCCAGAAGGAUGGUGGAACACUCCAGAAGGAUGGUGGAACACUCCAGAAGGAUGGUGGAACACUCCAGAAGGAUGGUGGAACACUCCAGAAGGAUAGUGGAACACUCCAUAAGGAUGGUGGAACACUCCACAUGGAUGGUGGAACACACCAGAAAGAUGGUGGAACACUCCAUAAGGAUGGUGGAACAUUCCAGAAGGAUGGUGGAACACUCCAGGAGGAUGGUGGAACACUCCAGAAGGAUGGUGGAACACACCAGAAGGAUGGUGGAACACUCCAGAAGGAUGGUGGAACACACCAGAAGGAUGGUGGAACACUCCAGAAGGAUGGUGGAACACACCAGAAGGAUGGUGGAACACUCCAGAAGGAGGGUGGAACACACCAGAAGGAUGGUGGAACACACCAGAAGGAUGGUGGAACACUCCAGAAGGAUGGUGGAACAUUCCAGAAGGAUGGUGGAACACUCCAGUAG